CUAUUUAUUCUUUUAAAAAAACAGCUGGGUGUGGUCAUGGGUGCCUGUAUUCCCGGCUAUUUGAGAUGGUGAGGCUGGAUUAUAACUUUAGCACAUGAGUUUGAGACCAGCCGGGCCAACAUCUUAAGAUCCUGUCUUACAAAAAUGGAAAACCUGGGGAAAUCUUAAAGUACAAAAAGGCUGAAAACUCGACAGAGGCAAUAUGAUGAUGAUAAAGUGAAGGUUGACUUUGAAGAUUCCACAGUUGUAACUCAGUGUAGCUAACGUCUACAAAGUGUCAUAUCAGUUGAACGAGAAAAAAGAGUGUUAAUGAGAAGAUACAGUGCAGCUCUGAAGGGCUUAGGUAUUUCUGGUUGGUAGACUGAAUGAUUUGAGUAAACAUUUCUUCCAACAUGGAGGUUUGAUUACUCUGAAAUCAGUGAUUAUAGUGAUUCAGGACUUCUGUGAGCACAAAGGCGUUUAGAAUGUGUUAGUGGCUGCACUAACAUAUUUUUUCCCUUGCCUAUUUUUUUGAUUUCUUUAAAACCCUGAUACAGCUUGACAGAAUAAACCCACAAAAUUAUUUCAUCUUUGAAAAUUCAUAAUUACCUCAUACUGGUUUAUUUAUAUUGUCAAAUGACUGGAUAAGAUAAAAUUGCCCUUUAAAUUUAGGACUAAGUCUGUAUAAAAGGAAAAGAUUACAAAACAAUUAGAUAAAAAUAACUCUUUUAGUUUUGUAAUAUAGUACAAAAAAAGGGAUUAUAUAGGUGCCUUUGUAUAACCUAUUAGUAAAAACCAUUAAAUGUUAUUUGAAAUCGAUUGGUAUUUAGAAUGCAAAUCCCAUGAAAAUAGCAAACCCAGUAUGAGUUUCCCAGAGAAUAUUUCUAUAGUUUGUUCAUUUUUUUUUUUAAAGGGUACUUUGUGGUCCAUAGCAUAGUAUUCCUAACUGAAGUUUGGGCCACUGUAUUAACUGAACUAAGCAGUUAUAUUUUACUGUGUUAGGCAGCGUUGUUGAAAUGAGUGAACUAAUCUCAGUGGCCCUACUGGUUCCUUUCCACUCUUGAGUUUGUUUCUGUGACUGAGUGGAAGGCCAGAAAAUAAUGACUUUUAUUAAGUCUGUUAGACGUUUCAGACUGAAUAACUAAUGUAAGAUCCCAAUUUUUCCUUUUUUUCAUUUUAGAUUUGGGGAUAUUCCCUGCCCAAAAAAUUCCUGGAAAAUUGACUAGUAUUAAGUGUGAGUAAAAGGUGUCCACUUUUUUUUUUUAAAGUCUUGAUUUUAGUUUUGUCUUGGAUAGUAUUUGGCAAGAUUUAGCCUAGAAAGUAUGUAGUAUUUAUUACAUAAGAAUCCAAAUGGCUUUGUUACUGGGCUAGUUUUGAAACUCAUUUCUGUGUAUUGAAAUAAUUUUUUUUUUAAUUUUUAAAUUCUUAAAUGGUGAAUGUACCACUCAUUGUGAAGUGAAAUUUCAUCUCCCCCAAAUUUACCCCUUUACCAACUGGAGUGAAGUCUUUAGCUAUAACCAUCAAUAGUAAAGAAUUUGGAACUAGUGUAUCAACAAGCCUUUGCAGGGCCAGCAUUGAAUGCCAUGCCAGUGAUGCUUGUCUUGUUCUAAAGGAGGAGAAACAGCUUCCUUUAGUGUCUCUGUUUUGCCUGAGCUGGUUGGGAAUGGCUGUAAUGCUGCUCUGCCUUCUUCAGCUGGCUGCUCCACUUUGUAGUUACUCUGUAACUAUUUGCUUCUACCUUUUUUGGUUAAACACUCCCUGAUAAUGAUUGUUAAUACAUAUCAUAGACAUUGACAUAAAUAUCAGUGUAUCCAUAUAUAUGGAUUUCUUUUCAUCUUGAUUUUGUGGCUGGGUAAAAUUCAGUAACAUUAGCUUCAUGGUACUUUGGUAGAAAAGUAAGUUCACUAUUUUUGUAAUGAACCCAAAUCUGGAGGCUUUUAUAUUUUAAAGGGAUAAUUACCCAAAUGUUUUAUUUCUGUACGUGUGUGUGUGUAUAAGCCUGUUAAUAUAUAUGUAUGUGCAUAUUAUAUACAUAAAACACUUUAUAUUUUUACAUACAGUAUGCUUUUAUUAUACAGAUAAUAAAGAUGGGGGAAGGUUUCUGUUUUUUUUCUUAAUAGGUGAAGAAAUCUUGAAGACCAGAAAUUGGAUCUUAUUGAAUUUUGGUGGUGUUUUUUUGCUUUCGCUUUUUGUUUUUUCAUUUUUUAAUUUUUUCAUCUUUUUAUUUUUUAAUUGUAUUGCUCAGCUAUGGAAGAUGGAUUCUUUUUUUUUUCUUUUUAACUCUUUGACUCUCAAGUUCAUCUUUAAAUGAACAUUUUGUUUUUGAGGAGAUAACUAAUGCUAGCUGUCUCCAGUCUGACAGAGGUUAUGCAAAUGGACUUGAUCUUCCAGGAGUUGGGAGAUGUUUUAAAGAUGUUUUAAAAACACGUCCUGUGUUUCAAUUGUGGCUGAGAGGUUUCCUUGGCAAUGUGAGGAAGAAAAUUCUUUCUACCUCAUUAUUAUUAAUUCAUGGAUUGAGUGUUGGUUCGACCUACAGGCGUAAUAGCUUGGAACUCAGUGAAGACACAGAUGUUCCUGUUGAGAGCAACCAGCUAAUGAUUACGUUUUAAAGAAGAUUUCUGUGGUUGAGUUGUCAUUGGAAGAGCAGCUGGAGCUGGUCUUCACCUUGAGGAAGCAGUGGCUUAUUCCAAAAAGCCACUUCUGGCCCAAGAAUUUACCCAGCAUGCCUAAUCAGGGAGAAGACUGCUAUUUUUAUUUUUAUUCUACAUGCACCAAAGGUGACAGCUGCCCAUUUCGUCACUGUGAAGCUGCACUAGGAAAUGAAACUGUUUGCACACUAUGGCAAGAAGGUCGCUGUUUUCGACAGGUGUGCAGAUUUCGCCACAUGGAAAUUGAUAAAAAACGAAGUGAAAUUCCUUGUUAUUGGGAAAACCAGCCAAUGGGAUGUCAAAAAUUAAACUGCGCCUUCCAUCACAACAGAGGUCGUUACGUUGAUGGACUGUUCCUACCUCCAAGCAAAACUGUGUUACCCACUGUGCCUGAGUUGCAAGAAGAAGAAGUAAAGGCUAGCCAGCUGACAGUUCAGCAGAACAAACUGUCGGUCCAGUCUAACCCCUCCCCUCAGCUACGCAGUGUAAUGAAAGUUGAAAGUUCAGAAAACGUCCCUAGCCCCACACAUCCACCAGUUGUAAUCAAUGCUGCAGAUGAUGAUGAAGAUGAUGAUGAUCAGUUUUCUGAGGAGGGUGAUGAAAGCAAAUCGCCUGCCCUGCAGCCCGCUUCUGACGCUCGCAACGGACUGCGAGCGGCUUCUGCCCGCAAACCUGGAGUCAGUUUCAAGCAAGGUGAAUGUUUGAACUUUGGAAUAAAAACUCUUGAGGAAAUUAAGUCAAAGAAAAUGAAGGAAAAAUCCAAGAAACAAGGUGAAGGCUCCUUGGGAGUUUCCAGCACCUUACAUCAGCCUCAGCCCAAUCCGGGCCCUGAAAAGGAGAAUGUCCGGACUGUGGUGAGGACAGUAACUCUAUCAAGCAAACAAGAAGAGCCCUUGGUUAGACUGAGUCUUACUGAGAGACUGGGGAAACGAAAAUUUUCAUUGGGUAGUGACAGUGAACCCCCAUUAAAGCGAAGCCUUGCACAGAGGCUGGGGAAAAAGGUGGAAGCUCCAGAAACUAACAUUGAUAAAACACCAAAGAAAGAGAGAGUUAAUAAAGCUGGUGAGAUCCACGUGAAGACAUUGGAAGAAAUUCUUCUUGAAAGAGCCAGUCAGAAACGUGGAGAGUUGCAAACUAAACUGAAAACCGAAGAACCUACACGGGCUGAUGAUUCUCCAUCAGGAGCAAAAAGCUCUUCCUCCUUGCGGAUCAAAACUUUCUCUGAGGUCCUAGCUGAAAAGAAACAUCGGCAGCAGGAAAUGGAGAAGCAGAAGUCCAAAAAGGACACAAGCUGCCCCAAGUUGACAGCAGAUACUGAAGUGAGAAAGACAGUGACUCCACCACCUGUUGCAGUCAGCAAAGGACAGCCAGGGGAGCCCGCAGGAAGAGCCAGGCCUGUGCAGGAGGUGCAUAUUAAGACGCUAGAAGAAAUUAAACUGGAGAAGGCCCUGAGGGUACAGCGGAACUCUGAGAGCAGUGCCAGCUCCCGGCCUCAACCUGAGACUGUCCCGGGGGCAAAGAGACUGCUCCGCAUCGCCAAAAGAGCAGGUGCAAAAGAAGAGAAAAAACUCGAACCUGAAGACAUUGCUUCUCAGAGCAGUGUUACUAGGCCAGAGGCUGGUGAGAGUUCAGAUGAGGCCAUAAGUGAUCCCACAAAAAUCCCAGUCAGUAGAUGUGACACUGUCAGAGAGAAACAUGCUGAGAAGCAGCAGGAGACCGAAGCCUCACAGAAAGAGAAGCCAGCCGUGACCCCUGUCCAGGGAGACGGGGCCUCUUACUAUACCCGAGUGGUGGGGAAACCAGUACUCACUGCUGUGUCAGGUGUCACACGGCACUUGGCUAAGCGGCUCCCCACGGAGUCAUCCCAAAAGGGGGAGGUAGAAGCCUCUGGAAUUGGGGACUCAAUACUGAACGCGAAAUGUGCAACACAGACUUUGGAAAAAAGGAGUAAAGCCAAACCCAAAGUAAAUGUGAAGCCAUCUGUGGUCAAGGUUGUUUCAUCUCCUAAAGUGGCUCCAAAACGGAAGGCAGUGGAGGUGCACCCUGCUGUCAUUGCAGCUGUGAAGCCACUCAGUGCCAGCAGUGUCCUGCAGGAAAGCCCCACCAAGAAAGCAGCUGUGGCUGUGGUCCCACUUCUCUCCGAGGAUAAAUCCGUCGCCAUGUCUGAGACAGAAAACCCUAAGGACAGUUCUGUGCUGCCGUCAACCCAGUCUUCUGCAGAGCCUUUGCUCCCAGAAGGGUCUGGCCCUUCUUCGUCCCAGGUAGCAACCAAACCUCGCCGACUGAGCUCUGCCUCGACAGGAAAGCCUCCACUCUCUGUGGAAGAUGAUUUUGAGAAACUAAUAUGGGAAAUUUCAGGAGGCAAAUUAGAAGCUGAGAUCGACUUGGAUCCUGGGAAAGAUGAAGAUGACCUUCUGCUUGAGCUGUCAGAGAUGAUUGACAGCUGAAGGUGAAAGUAAUGGUGAGGACGCUUUAAAGGAAAAAAACUCACCAAAAACUGGACUUAUUUUCAUCUAUUCUAACAUUUACCUGAGGUGAUAAUUUCUUUAGUCUCAAAUUUUGCCCAAAUCAAAAGUAUACCUCUGAAGUACCUGUAUGUGUCCUGGAUUCCCUUGGGGGUCGGAUCUUUUACAUCCCUUGAUAACUGUUUUGUCCAUUGGAUACCAUUAUUUAGCACCUGUGAGAAGAAAGUUCUGUAAUGCCCUUCUCUGCACAUGAGACUGAGCUCCAAAUGAAACGGUGCAGGAGGACUGACUCGGCGGCUCCUGGGGUGUUUGUCAGCGGCUAUCUUCCCCUUUGCUGUGUUAUUUAUGCACUGUCUUAAUAUUAUCAGAGAGCUGCUAACCAUUGUGGACCAAAUGUCAUGCUACCACUAAACAAAAAACCCACUCCGUCUGUGUUAAAUUGUAUGUCUUUUUAAAGGUAUUUGGAGAUUCGUCUAAGCUUUAAAGAGGGCCGAGCGGCUCGAGAACCUGAGAUACGGACAUAACUCUGGACCUGGCCCUGUUGCAUUAGCUGCUCCGUAAGCCUCUGAAGAGCAAUAGCUAAUUUAUUAUUACUGUAAUUUUUUAAAGGCUUUAAAGUGCCUCAGGGGUCCCCUGAAACUAAUUUUCUACUUCCGGGACCCCUGGAUUCUUUAUAAGAGGAGGCGACAUGGCUAGGGAAUUCUUUUUUAGUAUGAAAACUGUCCCUUUCCUUCAGUACCUUUCUCCUGGCAUCGAAUUAUCACAGAGACAGCAAAUUGAUAAAUUUCAUAAUUUCUAACUCUCCCAGAAAACUCCUCUUGCCUAGUAUUUAUUGAUGUGCUUUAACCAUGGGAAGAGGAGAAAACAAAACAAAACAAACUCAUUCAAGCUGCCAGUAUUGAUCUACGGACUGUAGCAGUACCCAGUACACCGGGCUGUGUGCAGGGAUGGCGAGAUGCUCUGGGGUGUAUUGGAUACCUCCAGUUUCUUCAUUUCUGGAUUGAGUUUUCUUUUCUCAAUGUUGUUCUUCAUAUCACCUCAAGGUUUAGACUUGUGAAGAAACAAGUCUCAUGAGGGUAAUAGUCUUGAAAUGAGACACUGUACAGAAUUGGAAGGCGGAAAGAAAGACUUGUUCAUUGUGAUACUUUCUGUAGGUGGCCAGUUUGUUUCUCAUAGGGAAAUCCUGGAUCACCUGUCAUGUUGGCUCCUAAGGAACUGCUGUUGUAAGCGGCUCAUCAAGAGUUGAAGUUCAUGUAGCCUUGUUGGGAAUAUGGAAAAAGGAAGAAAGCCACAGGACUGCCCAUUCAGUCUGGGAAGAUCUGGAUGAUUCUGCACACGCAAAAAAAUGACUUGAAAUUUCUGUAUAGACACUUGUACCGAUCCAUCUUCAGCUGACUGAAUGUUGUCAGAUAGCCCUUCUCCAAAGCGGGGUGGAGUCUUCUGCUUUCACCAUGCGUUUAUAAACAAGUUUCCUUUUUUGAACUGACCUAUAGAUUGUAGGUCCCUUUUGUAUAUAACCUCUAUUCUCUAUUCUUUUGCUUUAAAAAAAAAAAGUCUGUUCAUAUUUAAUGCCCUGUAUUAGUCAAUGAUUUGUGUUCAACAUUAUUUGAACCAUUUGCCAUUACCGAAAGAGAAAUACUUAUUUGUGUUUUAAAUAAAACUUAUAUAGGAAA